UGACAAGCGAUGACAUGUGAACAUGUGACACAUCGUAACAUAACAUGCUCCGACAUGUUACUAACCUUAUAAUGUGCUCUCGUGCACAAUUUCAUCAAUUUUAUCAAUUUUUAAUUACAUUAAAGUACAAGAGUAUCGUUUCUCAUCGACAGAAUCUGCUUUUUAUGCAUCAAAAUAUAUAUUUUUUCUGAUCAAAUUUUUAUAAUUUUUACGAUCAAAUUUAUUAAAAAAUUUUAUCAGAUCAUAUAUCAAAUGUUUUUCGCGCAAUUCCUCCGUUUUUUAUUUAUAUUACAUAUACCUUUUUUAAAUUAUUGAAAUGAUUAACGUGAGCGUGAGUCAGCUCGUGAAUGAAGUGGACAAAACCAAUUUUACAUUAUAUGCAGAAUGGGAGGAUACGCACUUUAAAAUAAUAUUGUUAAAACCAUGCACGAUACCACUGAGUGGAGAGAUGCACAUAGAAAAUGCCAAUUACUUUCUAGAUCAUUUAGAUGAAUCUUUUGAAAAAUACUUUGAGAAAACUAGACAUGCCUUUUCUGGUAAAAAUCCUGACAUACAAUUCUUUCUGCAGGAUGAUACAUUUAUAUGGAAACAACAAAAUAUUCUUACUCGUGGAGAAAUUGCAAUAUAUCCUCUUUCAAAUAUAUUAAUUAUUUCUGACACUUUGAAACAAUUAUUAGAGUUUUAUCAAAAAUGUCAAGAAAAGAUACUAACAUUGGAAAAAGAGAACAAAUACUUAAAUGAAAGCAAUAUAAAGCUAACUACAGAUAUAGAGCAAAUGAUAAAUAUAAAAGAUAAAAUGGAAAAGGAUCUUUAUGCAAAAUUUCUCUUACUUCUGAAUGCAAAGAAAAAUAAGAUCAGAGAGCUUCAGAAGGCUUUAGAUAGCAACAAACAAACAAUAAAAUCAGUAUAUGAUGAAACUACUGACGAUGAAAGUCAAAAAUCAGAUGCAGAGAGCAAGAAGGGUACUGCAUCAUCUAAUUUAAAAAAACGCAAAGUGGAUUAUAAAAGUGAAGCUACACCAAAGAGUAAUAAGAUAAAUUUUAAGAGAUGUACAAAUUCUCCUUCUAGCAAAGAUAUAAUUUCUGAGCCUUCUACUAGUAGAAACAAAUUAACAUUACAUAAUACAGAUGUGUCUCACACAAUAAAAUCAAAACAGAUCCUUAAUAUUUUAGAAGAAGAAGAAUCUGAAGAGGAUAUAUUUUCUGAAUGAUGAAAAAUAUCAUAUAUUUAUGCUUUUUUUCAUAAUUAAAAGAUGAAA